AUGUCCGGGCGUCCUGGCGGCAUCGGCAAACGCUUCUCUCACGAUAGAUUCACGUUGCUACAAGACUCCGACCCCAGAAAUAUUGACAGCGGCAUGUCCAAGGACGCCACCAUCGACAUCCCCCUGACGGCUGUCCCCAGCAUCCCGCAGACGGGUGCCCGCAAGCCAGACUCGGACGGUGAACACUACUUCGAAAAGGACCGAGAUGGCACCGCUGACGGCGGCGGUGGUGUUGGCGGCCACCGUCAGGCCCGUACGAGCGACGGCGAGAAGUCAGCUCGCUCAGACGAAGACGGAACAAUAACUCGCAUGGGCCGCUUCUAUAACAAGAUCCUCAACUUCUCCGUCGUCACUAGAUACUUCAUCUACGUCCUGCCGCUGGCGUUGCUGUUCGCCGUGCCUAUCAUUGUCGGUGCGGUGGCCGUUCCCACCGCGAGCAUCGGUGGUGUCCGCAUCGUCUGGUUCUUUGCCUGGGUUGAGAUCGUCUGGCUGAGUCUGUGGGUGUCCAAGGCCGUGGCUCAUUAUGUGCCGUUUCUCUUUCAGUUCCUGUGCGGUAUCGUCAGUUCGGGGACGAGGAAAUAUGCCCUCAUCCUCAGAGCGUUGGAGAUUCCUCUCUCCCUUGUUGGCUGGGCCAUCACCUCGCUCGCUACUUUUAUACCGGUGAUGACACGCAAUCCGGAUAAUAUCAAAGAUCCAGCCGGUAUUCAGCCAUGGCAGAGCGUGGUCAACAACCUGCUAUUUGCAUGCUUCAUCUCGUCUCUCAUCCUGGCAGCUGAGAAGGUCCUCGUUCAGCUCAUUUCCAUCUCCUACCACCGCAAACAGUUCGACGGCAAGAUCAGGGAAUCCAAGCGUAACGUUCAUCUCAUCGGCAUGCUCUACGCUGCAUCCCGCAAGAUGUUUCCCGAAUAUUGCAAGGAGUUCGAGAUGGAGGACUACAUCAUCAACGACUCCAUCAUUGGAGUAGCCGGGAAGAAGAAGCAACAUAACCGCUCCGGCUCGGCCUCGCCCAUGCGUCUUAUCCAGAACGUCGGUCAGAACGUAGGCCGUGUGGGAGACAAGAUCACAGCUGCUUUCGGCCAUGUUGCUCAUGAAAUCACGGGAAAGCAGGUGUUCAACUCAACUUCUACGCAUUCUAUAGUUAUCUUGGCAUUGGAGAAACGGAAGUCUUCUGAAGCUCUUGCCCGUCGUCUGUGGAUGUCCUUUGUUCUUCAGGGCCGGGACGCGCUAUAUCUUGAGGAUCUGUAUGAUGUCUUUGGACCAGACCACCGCAGCGAGGCAGAGGAGUGCAUGGCCGCCCUUGACAGAGAUGAUAACGGUGACAUCAGUCUGGACGAGAUGAUUCUCACCGUCACCGAGUUCGGCAAAGCAAGACAGUCAAUGAGCAAAUCCAUGCACGAUGUCGACCAGGCAAUCAACGUUCUCGACAACCUUCUACUCGCUGUCGUAUUCAUCCUCAUCGUUCUUGUUUUCAUUGCUUUCCUUAACAAGGGAUUCGGUACCACCCUCGCUGCUGGAGCUACGGCAUUGCUAUCCAUGUCCUUCGUUUUUGCUACCACUUGCCAGGAAGUACUCGGAUCCUGCAUCUUCUUGUUCGUGAAACAUCCUUACGACGUUGGUGACCGUGUACACAUCAACGACAACGAACUGAUGGUCGAGCACAUCUCCCUCCUCUUCACCGUGUUCCGUGAUAUCCAAAACCACAAGACUGUUCAGGUACCCAACAUCGUUCUAAACACCCAAUGGAUCGAAAACGUCACUCGCUCAAAGGCCAUGCGUGAACAGCUUACUCUAACUGCUGAUUUCGGUACAUCGUUCGGUGAUGUCCAACUUCUCAAGCGUGAGAUGCAGGCCUUUGUCCGCGCAAAGGAUAACUCUCGUGAUUUCGCACCCGACGUUGACGUUGAAGUCAGCGGACUAGGAGAUAUGAAUAAACUCGAACUCAAGAUUGAAAUCCGCCACAAAUCUAAUUGGCAUAAUGAAGUUGUUCGGGCCACAAGACGCUCCAAGUUCCUCUGUGCGCUUGUUCUGGCUGUUAAGAAGAUUCCUAUCUAUGGACCUGGAGGAGGCGAUGCGGCACUCGGAGAUAUCUCUAAACCAUCUUACUCUGUAUCCAUCUCCCACGAACAAGCUCAACACAGCAAAGAUGAAUACGCCGAGAAGAAGGAGGCCAAACGCAUGAUCCCCACAGACCAAAUGGAUGAGGCUCUCUCCGCUGAUCCUGCCCCAUUAUCGCCACACCCUGCCGCCGGCCCGUCCGCAGCAGCCGCUGCCGCUGCGACCUCCGCUUCUGGCCUAGCAUACCGCGGCUCAACAGCCAGCAACACCACGUCAGGCGUUCAAUCACCGAAUAACCCUGAAGCUGCAUUCGCUAGCGCCCUCAACUCCCGCCCACCGAUGGAAAGUACACCAUCCUCAGCGGCAAUGAACAACGAGAAUCUCAUCCGCGGUCCAUCAACGGGCCAUAGGCGCGUGAGCCAGAAUCCCGUUGGCGGAACCUCUAAUUAUGACGGACAUGGCCGUAUGGGCAUGUCGCCUAAUACGCCAGCCGCGGAAUAUCAAGAAUACGGACAUGAGUAUUCCAAUAAUCCGUUUAGGGCCGCUAGCCCCCAGGGACAGGCAUAUGGUCAACAACCACAGCCUGGAUCCUCGAGCCAGGGAAACGUUCAUCCCGCCACCAUCAUAGCUAGAGGCCAGGGACAGCCACAGCCCGGUCAAGGACCUCCACGCGCAUGA